UUCAUUGGUGUGUGUGUCCUUAUCUCUCUGAGCUGAUGCUUCCUCCCCUCCACACUAAAAACAGACGUUAACACUUUGACCAAACUGACAGCGAUCGGCUGGACGGAGACGGCAAGCCUCGAGGAGAAUCCACAUGGUGAGUGUGUCAAAGACAGAAGAGAAGUCAGAUUAGAAAACCUUCAAACAGUCACUGACACUGCAUUCAGAUGUCGAUGACGGUGGCAGACCGAGCCGCCGGGGCCAUUAUCGGGGCCGCAGUCGCAGAUGCAGCAGCCCAGCCCAUGCACUGGAUCUAUGAUCCGGGUCGUCUCAAAGAGGUUCUGUCUGAUCUGGAGCCGAGUCCUGAGUUUCGUCCUCAGUCGGCAAAUCCUUUUUACCGUCGGACGACAGGCGAGCAGACGUGUUACGGAGACCAGGCGUUCGUCCUGCUCCAGUCUCUGAGCGACUGUGGAGAUGUGGACGCUGAAGAUUUGACCAAACGUUUCUACGAGUUCUUUGGCCCAGGAACCGUUUACGAUCUGCCUCUAAAUGAUCCCUACAGGAAGAAAGGAGGUCCUAAAGCCGUCCUCCCCAUCCCCGGCCCGUGGAGAAACAGCAGCCUGAAAGCUUUCUUCAGAAAUGUGGACGCUGGAAAAGAAGAAACAGGCUGUGAGGUGGACUGCCAGAUGGACGGCGUCACUAAGCUGGCUCCGGUUGUAGCCAUGUUUGCAGGUCGACCUGAGAUGUUGGAGAAGGUGGAGCGAGCCGUCAGAGUGAACCAGAACAACGACAUGUGUGUGGCUGUGACGCUGGCUGCUGCAAGGUUUUUGGAGCACUUCAUCCUGAAUGGCCCCGAUCCUGACGCUCUGGAGAAAGUUCUGUCUCAGCUGAACGACCCAAAAAGACAGAACCCUCAGGAUCUGGACAAAGCUGUCUGUGCUCACCUCCAGCAGGUGAAGGAGAACCUGAGGAGGAGCAGCUCUCAGCUGAUCCCUGCGGUGUUCACCAACACAUGAGCUCUGCCCGGUGCAUUCCAGGGGGCGCUGCACGCUGUCCUGACCCUGACCCAGCUGGAUGAGGCCGUCAGGGACACGAUGCGGCGUGGGGGAUGCACCGCCAGUCGAGCCUCCUUCAUAGGAGCCUGUUUCGGAGCUCAGACCGGUCUGCAGGGAAUCUCCGAGUCCUGGAGGGAGAGGACGCUCAGGUUCCCUCUGCUGAUGGAGCUCGCUGGGAAAGUGGUCCAAAAACACCAACAGUCGUAGAUUUGCCCUAAAUACUCCCGUUUAUCAAGAAUUCAUGGAGUGUGCAUGACAUCUAUUUUUAGAGGUCUUUCUGUGGCUGCAGACGCACUCUGACAUGACAGUUUAUGACAGUCUCAUUUGAAAGUCUCUGACUGAAUGAAGCUUGAAUCCUUUUGUUCUGUCACAGAUGCACUGACUCCACUUAUUUAUGUAGGACAUGAAAAACAGUCUCAAAUAAAGACGUUUAAUGUCA